GCGUCGGUAGAGGGCGCUGUCGCUUUUUCACACAUGUAGUUUUAGUUUACGUUUGUACUCUCGUUUGUUCUUUUGGGAAACAACAAACGUGAGCUGGUUCAAAGUUUCUCCCUUAGCAACUGUACCAAGCGACGGUAACGGUCAUUUAGAGGAUUUUGCGACGCGAAUAUACAAAGUCGUUUUGGGUAUUUUUAUACAUUUACGACGCUUUAAACUCGCCGGUAGUGAUAUUUGUCGGCGUGGUGAGUGUAAAUAUCGGGCGUAAAUGGCUAACGUCUGUGUGAAAGUCGCCGUGCGAAUCCGCCCGCUGCAGCGCAAAGAGAUGCUCCACGGCGACGGGGUGUGCGUGCGUGUCGUUCCCGGGUCUUCGCAGGUGAUGCUCGGCUCCAGCAAACGCUUCUCCUUCGACCACGCCUUCGGACCCGAGGCGAGCCAGGACGCGGUGUACGAGAAGUGCGUGCGGCCGCUUCUCGACGCGCUGCUGGACGGAUUCAACGUGACCGUGUUCUGCUACGGGCAAACGGGAUCCGGGAAGACCUACACGAUGAAUGGAGGGAGACAGGAGGAGGGUGGUCUGACGAACCGUGUGGCCCAGGACCUUUUCUGUCUGCUGGAUGGGAGUCGGGACGUGGUGGACUACACGCUGACCUUCUCAUAUCUGGAGCUGUACAUGGAAGAGCUGAGGGACCUGCUGGAGCUGUCCACCGUCAACAAGACCCUGUACAUCAGAGAGGACAGAGGAAAUACUGUUGUAGUCGGGGCCAUAGAGCAGCAGGUGUGUUCGGCUGUAGAGAUCUUCAGCGCCCUGGCCACUGGAAACGCCCGCCGCCACACGAGCCCCACCGGCAUGAACAAACUGUCCAGCCGCUCGCACGCCAUCGUCACGCUCCAGCUGCACCAGCGCGUCCAAGACCCGACCACCUCAGAAUGGUUCGAGCACACGUCGAAACUCCACCUCGUCGACUUGGCCGGGUCCGAGCGCGCCGACAAAACCGGCAACACGGGCCUGCGCCUCAGAGAAUCCGUGCACAUCAACACAGGAUUACUCGCGCUCGGAAACGUCAUCCGCACACUGACCGAUCCGAAGCCCAACCCCAAGCACAUGCCCUACAGAGACUCCAAGCUCACGCGUUUGCUCCGGGAUUCGUUGGAAGGACGAGCUCACACGCUGAUGAUCGCGUGCGUGAGCCCGUCGGAGCGCAACUUCACCGAAACCCUGAGCGUGCUGCGGUUUGCUUCUAGAGCGCGUCACAUGAGAAACCGUCCUCUGUCCUCCAACCGCGCGGACCAAAAAGGAAGCACGGCACGAUGGGAAGCUAUGGAGACGAAACAUAGUGAGGAGCACAGAUGCAAGGAAGCUCUGUCACUCGCAGAGGAGAUGAGCCGGGAGAAAGAGGCGGAGAGACAGCAAUUACAGCAGAACAUGGACAAACUGAUGCAGGACUGCAGACCAGCGCGGCGGGAGCCGGCCGUGCGCCAUGGCACAAGCUUGGUCAGGAUGUCCGCGGUGUGUUCUCCGGGCUUUUUCACUCGAAUCGGACCAACCGAGAAGCCCCGCUUCUCCAACUCCUCAGCAGCGGCACCCGGGUCAUUGCAACAGAGCCUCGUGGAGCUGGAGGAGGCCAUAGAAACUCUGGACGUUGUUCUGAAGUUUAAAUCUCAGUCGAGUCAGAGGAAAGAGGAGAGGCUGUCUAAGUCUGAGCCUGAACCCUCCUCUCACAGACGGAGCACAGACGCAAACAUGAGGAGUGUGCGCAGGAGGCUAAGGGAGCUGAGCCCACCUGAUAUCACAGAGCUCUUCAUCAUCUACUUCAACAAGGUGGUGCGUCUUCGUGAGGCAGAGCGCGUGCUGCUGUGGCGAUGUGAGAAGCUGAAGCUCCAGAGUUCAGAGCAGGACGGAGCUUUAAGGGCGUUGGAAGAGCACAUGCAGCGUUUGGCCCUGGACACAGACAGAAGACUCAUGCAACAGCACAGAGACAACCAGAGACAAAUUCAGCUCCUGCUCAGCCAACUCAAAGAAAUGGCCUCUAACGGUGAACUUCAGAAGAUGCAAGAAAGACUUCAGCAUUUGGAGAAAGAGCUGUUUUCCUCAAAAGCUACAGUCCUCAGAGGAGCAGGUCUGGAGAGAAGUUAAUUCCAGUCCGAGUAGAUCAUAGAGACCUCAGGCAAAUCUCCAUGUCUCACCUGCAGGCCAUCCGCUCGUCCACAAGAGGGCAGCAGACGAUCGUGGACGCCAGCACAGACACGACGAUGAUGGAAGAUUCUAUUGAGGUGGCAAGAAAAAGUGAUGCUUAAAGGGCCCAUAUGACACUUUUUAUCUAUGUUAUAAUUUGGAUUCUUAGCACAGCACCUGGAGUUGUGUUUUUGUUUCAUUCUUACAUAUUUAACACGCAAAUCCUGCAUAUUUAGAUGUGAAAAACUGCCACUUUAUGACAGAGGUGGGACCAAGUCGUUUUGCGAGUCUCAAGUAAGUCUCAAGGCUUUGACCUCAAGUCCAAGUCAAGUCCCAAGUUAAAGACAGGCAAGUCCAAGUUGAGUCUCGAGUCACUGGCCCAUGAGUCCAUGUCAAGUUCAAGUUGACUGCUUUGAGCUUCAAGUCAUUUUAAGUCUUUAAACAAAAGUACCAAAUAUAGCUUAGGUUUUCGCAAUUUAUAUGAAUUUUAAACUAAAUUGUCACGGUAUAUUUAUAUAUGUAUGUAAUUUUAUAUAAGAGUUUUAGAAAUACUAGUAUUUCUUUUUAAAUGUCUUGACAAAAUCUUAGUGUGAGUCAUUACAGUCAAAAUAGAAAGAAUUCAUUAUUUUUCAUUAUUUUGUCGUGUAGUCUGCACUGAAAUGGAAGCAUCAUGUUCUUUGUAGUUCCCUCUGUUUUACUGUAUUGUACUGCAUAUUACUGUAGUACAUUUGAUGAUGCCAUAUCACAGUACUUCAGUUGCAUCCAAACAGAGAAGUGGGACAGACGUGCUCCAGUUUAUUUCUGUAAAAUUCAGCGCCGCAUUUAUCAACUGCAAACAGAAAAGUAUUUGCUAAAAACAUACUGUAUAUUUUGUGGAAGCAUCAAGUCUUCUCAAGUCACAGGUCUCAAGUCCAAGUCAAGUCCCAAGUCAUUGACCUUCAAGACCAAGUUGAGUCCCAAGUCUUAGUCCAUCUUAUCAAGUCAAGUCUCAAGUCCUAAAAAUAAUAACUCAAGUCUGACUCGAGUUCAAGUCACGACUUACAAGUCCUCACCUCUGCUUCAUGACAUCACAAGGUGGAACAGAGCAUUUUGAGCUUUGAAGACGUUGACAGACUAAUAAUAAAGUGUUCUUCAAAAAUGAAACAAAACACAACUCUAGGUAUGUUUUUAGGCAUUAUUACAUUACAUAUAUACAUACAUUGAGUUACAUUAUAACAUGGCCUAAAUCUCACUUUUUCAAAAUGUACAGUGUAAGACAAAGUAAUUUUAUUUAACUAAAGAUGUAAGUGAAUAAAAUGUACUUUUCAAUAUGCAACCAAUAUGCAGCCAGUAAAAUAUGCAAGCUCUUAGUAAUAGUCAUUAACAUUAUUUAUUUAAUGUUAACAAGCUAAAAAUGACAAUGCACAUUAAUGAUUUCUUAUUUUAAUAAUAUUUUAUAAGUUAAAAUGUUUUUCAUAUAAUUGCUGGUUUAAGUUAUUUGUAUUUUUAAAUGUUUUGCCAACUUUCCUGUCUUCCUUUUAUCAUACAGGC